AAAAAUCUCAUCUAUAGGAUGUGACUUGGUUUGAAAAUUUUAAAAUAGUAACAUAUAGAAACUGAGAUAAUAAAAAUGUAGAUUAAACAGAAAAAAAUCUAUGUGUAUUGGAGGAAUUUUAUUUUCGGUUUCCUUUUUCAAUCCUAGAAGUUAGAGUUACUUUGUUAGAGUGUGUAAUUUUGGAAAUAAUAUACAUAUGAUAUUUUUGCUAAAACCACAUAUUUUAUUGCACAUUUAUAAAAAAAAAUGAUAUUUUAUAUAAAUUCAGAUAUAUAUACACCAUUUAUUUACGAAAAGAUUUUGCAGUGUCAUUUUACUCUGUUUCUUUUACUUGAGCAAAAGCUUUUUCUGUCUUUUACUUGAACUACUAGUCUUUAUAGUCUACUACUAGUCUUUUGUUAGUUCGUAAUUUUUUUCUCUCCCUAUAAUAAUAAUAUCUCCAACUAACCUCAUUCUCAUCUUCAUCAAAAAACGCCUUCGAAUAAACUAACAAAGAAACAAAAAGAAAAAUGUCCUCUUCUUCAUCAAGAAACGGCUUUGAAGAUGGCAAAUACAAAACAGAUCUCUUAACCUUGGACUCAUCAUCUCGCUGCUGCAAAACGACGCCAUCUCCGCCAAAACAGCUGUUGGUGGCGACGCCCGUGGAGGAAGGAGAAUACCCGGUGGUGAUGCUCCUCCAUGGUUACCUUCUCUACAACUCCUUUUAUUCUCAGCUUAUGUCGCACGUCUCUUCUCAUGGCUUCAUCCUCAUUGCUCCUCAGUUAUAUAGUAUCACCGGACCGGACAUAACGGAUGAGAUUAAAUCAACGGCGGAGAUUAUUCAUUGGUUAUCCGUCGGAUCACUUAACCACUUUCUUCCAGCGCAAGUAAUACCGAACCUAUCAAAGUUCGCACUCUCAGGCCAUAGCCGCGGAGGCAAAACGGCGUUUGCGGUCGCUCUAAAGAAAUUUGGGUACUCCUCGGAUCUAAAGAUCUCAACAUUGAUCGGUAUAGAUCCAGUUGAUGGAACAUGGAAAGGACAACAAACCCCUCCUCCAGUUUUGGCUUAUGAACCAAACUCAUUAGACCUAGACAAAAUGCCGGUACUUGUCAUAGGUUCGGGGCUUGUUGAAACCGCUCGGAACUCACUGUUUCCGCCAUGUGCGCAUCCCGGAGUGAACCACGAAGAGUUCUUCCGGGAAUGUCAAAGUCCAGCGUGGCAUUUCGUCGCCGGGGAUUACGGGCAUUUGGACAUGCUUGAUGAUGAUACAAAAGGGAUCAGGGGGAGGAUUCUUUACUGUUUGUGUAAGAAUGGUGAAAAAAGAAGGCCAAUGAGGAGAUUUGUUGGUGGAAUUCUUGUGUCGUUUUUGAAGGCUUAUUUGGAAGGAGAUGACUUUGAAUUGGUUAAGAUCAAAGAUGGGUGUCACAAGGGUCUUCCUAUUAAAAUUCAAGAGAUUGAGGUUACCAUGUAAACAUAAGUUUUUCUUUAGGGGCUGAUUUUCCUAUUUGCAAUAUUUAUUAUCAGUUUUUGUUGCUUAUGUACUUCAAACUUAUGAAUGAUAAUGUACAACUCUUUUACUUAAGUGACCUCUUUAUCUUUGCUCAUGAAUUUAACCCGAUUACAUUCACAAGACUAGCUAGAAGAAUAAAGUUUCAAAAACAUUAAAAAGAAGUUCACACAGUAUUUUCUAUACCACAAUAUCCCCACAAGAAACAAAAACAUAACUUUCGUCCGAUUUCCCAAUCACCACAGCUUGCAAAACGAGAAUAUAAUGUAAUUUACAUAUUCUUCUACUACAAUGAUCUUACUUUUAAAAGAAAAGAAAAAAUAGACGGCUUAAUCAUCUUAUCUCUUCCACCUAGAAAAAGCAAAAAAAAAAAAAA